GCGGGCCGCUUCCGCGAACAUGGCGGCGCCGUAGCCGGGGCGCAGGAGCCGGGCGCGGGACGGCCGCCGCGCACAGUCCCGGGCGACUAUGGCGACGCCCGACCAGAAGUCGCCCAACGUGCUGCUGCAGAACCUGUGCUGCCGGAUCCUGGGCCGGAGCGAAGCCGAUGUAGCCCAACAGUUCCAGUUUGCUGUGCGAGUUAUUGGCAGCAACUUUGCCCCAACUGUUGAGAGAGAUGAAUUUCUAGUAGCUGAGAAAAUCAAGAAAGAACUUAUUCGACAAAGGAGGGAGGCAGACGCUGCGCUCUUCUCAGAGCUCCACAGGAAACUUCACUCCCAGGGAGUUUUGAAAAAUAAGUGGUCAAUACUCUACCUCUUGCUGAACCUUAGUGAAGACCCUCGCAGGCAGGCAAACAAGGUGUCGAACUAUGCCACGUUAUUUGCACAGGCAUUGCCGAGAGAUGCUCAUUCCACUCCUUACUACUAUGCCAGGCCGCAGACCCUGCCUCUGAAUUACCAGGACCGGGGCACCCAGGCGGUGCAGAGCUCGGGCAGCCUGGGCAGCAGCGGCAUCAGCAGCAUCAGCAUGUGUGCCCUCGGUGGCCCUGCACCUCCGCCUCAGCCUCUCCUCCCAGGACAGUCUCAUCAGACUCUGGGAGUUGGGGAUUGCCUUCGACAGCAGCUGGGGUCUCGUCUUGCGUGGACUUUAACUGCAAACCAGCCUUCUUCGCAAACCCCUCCCUCAAAGGGUACCCCAAAUGCCGUUUCUCGCAGCAUGACAAGGUCUAGGAGAGAAGGAGAGACGGGUGGUGCUGUGGAAAUUACUGAAGCAGCUCUUGUGAGAGACAUUUUAUACGUCUUCCAGGGCAUAGACGGCAAAAAUAUCAAAAUGAGCAACGCUGAAAAUUGUUACAAAGUGGAAGGAAAGGCAAACCUAAGUAAAUCUUUGAGGGACACGGCAGUCAGACUUGCUGAACUGGGAUGGUUACAUAAUAAAAUCAGAAAGUACACUGACCAGAGGAGUCUGGACCGUUCAUUUGGACUCGUAGGUCAGAGCUUCUGUGCCGCCCUGCACCAGGAGCUCAAGGAGUACUAUCGCUUACUCUCUGUGUUACAUUCCCAGCUACAGCUAGAGGACGAUCAGGGUGUGAAUUUGGGACUUGAGAGUAGCCUAACACUGCGGCGCCUCCUGGUUUGGACAUAUGAUCCCAAAAUAAGACUGAAGACGCUUGCGGCCCUGGUGGAUCAUUGCCAAGGAAGGAAAGGAGGUGAGCUGGCCUCAGCUGUCCAUGCCUAUACAAGAACGGGAGACCCCUACAUGAGAUCCCUGGUGCAGCACAUUCUGAGCUUGGUGUCUCAUCCUGUGCUGAGCUUCCUCUACCGCUGGAUCUACGAUGGGGAGCUUGAGGACACUUACCACGAAUUUUUUGUAGCGUCAGAUCCAACAGUUAAAACAGACCGACUGUGGCAUGACAAGUAUACCUUGAGGAAAUCGAUGAUUCCUUCCUUUAUGACGAUGGAUCAAUCUAGGAAGGUCCUUUUGAUAGGAAAAUCAAUCAAUUUCUUACACCAAGUUUGUCAUGAUCAGACUCCUACCACAAAGAUGAUAGCUGUGACCAAGUCUGCAGAGCCACCUCAGGAUGCUGCAGAUUUAUUCACAGAUCUAGAAAAUGCAUUUCAAGGGAAGAUUGACGCUGCUUAUUUCGAGACCAGCAAAUAUCUACUGGAUGUUCUCAACAAAAAGUACAGCUUGCUGGACCACAUGCAGGCAAUGAGGCGGUACUUGCUUCUCGGUCAAGGAGACUUUAUAAGGCACUUAAUGGAUUUGCUGAAACCAGAACUUGUCCGUCCAGCAACAACAUUGUAUCAACAUAACUUGACUGGAAUCCUCGAGACCGCUGUCAGAGCCACCAAUGCACAGUUUGACAGCCCCGAGAUCCUCAGAAGGCUGGACGUGAGGCUGCUGGAGGUCUCUCCGGGUGACACGGGCUGGGACGUCUUCAGCCUGGAUUAUCACGUCGAUGGACCCAUUGCGACUGUGUUCACACGGGAGUGCAUGAGCCACUACCUGAGAGUGUUUAACUUCCUCUGGAGGGCCAAGCGCAUGGAGUACAUCCUCACUGACAUCCGGAAGGGACACAUGUGCAACGCCAAGCUCCUAAGGAACAUGCCAGAGCUCUCCGGGGUGCUGCAUCAGUGUCACAUUCUGGCCUCGGAGAUGGUUCACUUCAUUCAUCAAAUGCAGUAUUACAUCACGUUUGAGGUGCUGGAGUGCUCCUGGGACGAGCUUUGGAACCGAGUCCAGCAGGCACAGGACUUGGACCACAUCAUCGCAGCGCACGAGGCAUUCCUGGACACCAUCACCUCCCGCUGCCUGCUGGACAGUGGCUCCAGGGUACUUUUAAACCAACUCAGAGCUGUGUUUGAUCAAAUUAUUGAACUUCAGAAUGCUCAGGAUGCAAUAUACAGAGCUGCUCUAGAAGAAUUGCAGAGAAGAUUACAAUUUGAAGAGAAAAAGAAGCAGCAUGAAAUUGAGGGUCAGUGGGGCGUGACGGCAGCAGAGGAAGAGGAGGAAAAUAGGAGGAUUCGAGAAUUUCAAGAAUCUAUUCCAAAAAUGUGUUCACAGUUGCAGAUAUUGACACACUUCUACCAGGGCAUUGUGCAGCAGUUUCUGGUGUUACUGACCACCAGCUCCGACGAAAGCCUCCGGUUUCUUAGCUUCAGGUUGGACUUCAAUGAACAUUAUAAAGCCAGAGAGCCCAGACUCCGCGUGUCUCUGGGCACCAGAGGGCGGCGCAGUGCCCACAUGUGAGGAGGGCCUUCAUCCCCAGGAGCCGGGCCGCUGCUGACGUCAGCACUGAGAUUCCGCUCACGUCCAGGGCCCUCCGAGCAGUGGCAUGCCGCUGGGGGCCCCGUGUGCUGGACGCCCGUCUGCUGGGAGGUGCGCGUGCCUGUGGCAGGGCAGCCGGCCGAGUCCGUCCUGUGCUGGAGUCGAGUGCGAGAUGGCUGGGUUGAACAGCUGGCUGGCACGGUCUUCCCGCUCAGAAGACGCCAGCGUGUUUGGGGCUGCUUACGCUCUCUGUGUCAUUUAUAUUUGUCACUUUUUAGAAACUUGCAUUUCUUUUAGCACAAGGACAGUGCUGUAUUCAUGAGUUGAAAUGGUAAUGUCAAGGCUAUUUUUUUAACAUCCUCUUUAGAGGCAGUUUUUGUUACCAUAAUGUAAUUAAAUUGAAAAAAAUGUCCCUACUAAAACAAUACACAGAGCAUUUUAUUUUGGUUUUAGUGUUGUGAAAUCCUGACCUCUGAGAGCAUUUGUAUCUUAAUGCGUUGCCUUCACACACGUCUGUUCUGACUUUUUCUUCCAAAGUUUACAUUUUUAUAUUUAGUUUACUAUUUCAGAUAACUUCUUAAACAGUAUAGAAACAAGUAGGCGCAAUAUAGAACAGAAACCUUAAAACAGUGCAGCCCAGAUUUCUCAGAACCGUCAGCUGAAGCAGUGUGUAGAUACAAAUAACUUCAAAGUGAGUAUUUUAUUUUCAGAAUCCUGACAAGCAUUGGAAAGAAAUCGACUUGGAUAAUGAGGUUUCCUUUUUCCUUGCCUAUUUUUUUCAUUGUAAAUAUUUAUAUACCACUGACCAGAUGUUGGGGGAAACUGUUUUUUGUAAAAAUGUCAUAUCAGGUCACAUAAAUCUGCCUUUUUAAUGUUGCAUAAAUGAAAACUUAGAAAUUAAAGGCGACUAUCUUCA